CUUUCACAACAUACUCAAGCUUCCACUAAUUACGUCAUCAUGACGUUUCUCUCGAUGAGUCAUCAUUGAGGGAAGGUCACCUUCUUUACCUAAUCAUUUGUUUCAUAGAUGGCUGUACUGAGCUAAACCUAAAGGACAAAUUUUGUCAUCUUACAAUUUUUGUUUUAUUUCUGUUUGUUCCUAAUUAAUUAAUUAUUUUGGCCUUAAUUAAGGCUUGUUUAUCAGGAUGUUUGGUGCACUAAGGAAAGCUUUACCUUUGAUUGCUCGCCAGCAAGGGUCUGCUAAAUCGUUAACCAGAGCUGCAUUUGCUUCGGUCAAUAGGAGAUGGGCUCAUUCAGCUGCUGGUGAGGUUGGUGGUGUUUCUGGACCCUUUUCAACUGAGAGCAUACUUGAAUUUACAACAUUUUAUUUAGUUAUUCCUAUAAUUAUCUGGGCUCGAAUUCAUUCAUAUUAUGAGAUGCAAAUCGAAAUUAAUGAAGAACCUGUAUUGCCACCUCGUUACGAGUACUUGGGAGUGAUUAGAAAGAAGUUCCCAUGGGGUGAUGGUAUUGAACCGCUUUUUGGAUGGCCUAGAGGUCGAUCACCAGCUGAAUAUGCUGCUCGUAGAGAAGCUGGUUUACCAAUGCCCGAUUUAUUGGAUGAUCUUCCAGAUGAUGAUGAUGAAGAUUAAAUAGUAUAUUUAUCAGUUGAAAUUGUGCUUUGCUUCUGAUUAGUGUAAAUUUAUUCAAGUUUUAAUUCUAAUUAAAAAACUUGAUUGUUCGAAACUA